CUCUCCUUCAUUUCAGUCCUGAUCCUUGAGCUGAACAGACUUCAUGACUUUAUCUCCGUCAGAAUAAAAAGAACCGGAACCUCAGGUGGGACAUCUCACUAUGGAGCCGAAGACUGUGACUCUCCUGAUGAUAAUAAGCCUUCAUGGAGCGACGGCAGUGACUCACUCUCUGAAGUAUUUCUUCACUGGGUCCUCUGGAGUCCCAAACUUCCCAGAGUUUGUGGCUGUUGGGUUGGUUGAUGAAAUUCAGAUGUUUCACUAUGACAGUAACACCAGGAGAGCAAAACCCAAACAGGACUGGAUGAGCAACGCCACAGCAGAUGAUCCUAACUACUGGCAGAGGGAGACUGGAUACUUUAUGGGCGCCCAGCAGGCCUUCAAAGCCGACAUUGAAACAGCAAAACAGCGCUUCAACCAGACUGGAGUAGGGAGCAGGACUGUAAACGGGACGCAGGCUGCUGCUGCUGGGCCUCAUAUGAGAGGAGUAGCAGCAUGUUUGAAUAGAGCUGGAUGGUACAUGUCUCAUCCAGAUCACAGGUUUCACUCCACUGCACUGAUACACAGUGUGUCCAUCCCAUAAUAUACAUUUAUU